AGGGCGGCGAAAGAGUUAAGUUAUUCAAGAUGACAUCACUGCGAUUUGCAUAGAAUCGGGGUAUAACUGGUCACGCAGGGGGAGCGCCCUUUUAUACGACGGUCCAGAGCAGCUGCUGCAAAGAGCGGAAUUGUACCUGAAGAGAGCGCAUCACUGAUCAAUCGCAGAUAUGUCUGACAAACCAGAUAUGGCUGAAAUCGAGAAAUUCGACAAGUCUAAGUUGAAGAAGACGGAAACGCAAGAGAAAAACCCACUGCCUUCAAAAGAAACAAUUGAACAGGAGAAGCAAGCGGGUGAAUCGUAAUGAAACCGGCCCUUCCAAAUUAUGCACUGUACAUUCCACAAGCAUUGCCUUCUUAUUUUACUUCUUUUAGCUGUUUUAACUUUGUAAGAUGCAAAGAGGUUGGAUAAAGUUUGAAUGACUGUACUGCCCCUUUCACAUCCAAAAAUUUUCUAAAGAAUAGAGAGAACUACUGAUGCUGUGAAUGAAGGCGCUGCCCUUUCCAUCUGCCUGUCCAGCUUGGUCCUGGUGGCACGAAAGAGCUUGCAUGUGUCUCGAAAGAAGAUCCUGGGAAGAGGGACUACAGUAAUCUAGUAACACCCGAAUAUACGCAAAGCUGUACCAAGGUCCCGCAAGCUGUAAAAUGCAGUUAACCGAGUGCCAUUUUUUUUUGUUCAAAUGAUUUUAAUUAUUGGAAUGCACAAUUUUUUUAAUAUGCAAAAAUAAAAUGUUUUAAAAUCUGGA